AUGACUUUUGGUUGGUGCUGCUCUGUGUGUGUGAUAUUUGUCUUGGUGGGUUUGAGAGUAGAAGAAGCUAAUGGUCAGUUUUUGAGAAAAGUUGGAAGAAAACAAUUAGCUUACUGGUCAAUAUUGGUGGAUCAAUCAGGGCAUGGAAACUUCACCACAAUACAAUCUGCCAUUGAUGCAGUCCCUUCUCAGAACAUGUAUUGGGUUUCCAUCAUGGUGAAGGCUGGUACCUAUAGAGAAAAAGUGAAGAUUCCUUAUGAUAAGCCUUACAUCAUAUUGAAAGGAGAGGGAAAGAGAAGAACUUUUGUUGAGUGGGAUGACCAUGAUAAUACCUCACAGAGUCCUACGUUUGUAGCCAUGGCUGACAACGUUGUUGUCAAAUCCAUGAGCUUUAGGAAUUCAUACAACAACCCAAUAAACAGUAAAGCCAUUAAGCCUGCUGUGGCAGCAAUGGUGAGUGGAGACAAGUCUUACUUUUUGAGAGUUGGUUUCUUCGGUUUGCAAGACACUUUAUGGGACGACAGAGGAAGACAUUACUACAAGCUUUGCACCAUUCAAGGUGCCAUUGAUUUUAUCUUCGGUGCAGGCCAAUCAUUAUUUGAGAGGUGUUCCAUAUCUGUGAUUGGUGGAGCACUAGAUCCUGGGUUACCAGGGUUCAUCACAGCACAAGGGAGAACACAUUCACAAGACGAAAAUGGCUUUGUUUUCAUUGAUUCUCAUGUCUUUGGAAAUGGAACAACUUACUUGGGGAGGCCAUGGAGAAGUCAUGCUAGGGUUUUGUUUUACAAGACCAACUUCUCCAACGUUAUACAACCUGCUGGUUGGGAUGCAUGGAAAUUUGCUCCAAACGAGAGUGGCAUAACAUUUGCAAAGUAUGGGAACUUUGGGCCUGGUUCUGACACUUCUCAAAGAGUGAGUUGGACCAAGAAGUUGGAUUUAGAAACAAUUCAGAAUAUGACAAGCACCAAGUUCAUUGACACUGAUGGCUGGCUUCAGAAACAACCAUUCUAA